GUCUUCCAUUUGCCCUCUUCCACCACAUCAACCAUGUCCUUCUCCCUCACAAGACCCCCUUCUCCAAAUCACGAAGAUCACCGUUCCCGUCAGGAAGUCGAGUCCCUCUCCCAUGCCCUACAUAACGCUCUUCAAGGCAUCUCCAGCCAUGCCCACCCCAAUCAUCAUAACGGUGAAAUGCCAGGCAAGGACAAGGAGAAGCUUCCCAGCCUUGAGAUCGUCGUCGCAUCCGACGUCCUCGCCCUCAAGGGGACAGGAGUAGACGUCGCACCUUCCCUCCUCUCUGGUCACGUCGUCCUUCAUCUCGCAGAGUCCACAUCCUUCAAGGAGAUUACGCUUCAAUUCAGAGGCAAAGCGCGAUUGCCGCCCACCGCGAGCGAACCGAUGAUGUUGAACAGCUCUGGUAUGACGUAUAUCGUCUGCAACCAUGAGUGGUCAUUCCUCGAGGGCGACAAGAAGCACAACCACACUCUAAAGGCUGGACGCCACCUCUUCCCCUUCCAACUUCACAUUGGCGGCUCUCUACCGUCCAGCAUUAGCACAGGCGUCUUCGGUGGCGCAUCAGUGGCCUACAAGCUUCGCGCUGUCGCCGUCCGGCCCGGGUUUGCACAUAAUCUCCUGGCUCAGCUCCCCGUCUCCAUCACUCGCUCAUUCGCUCCGGAGGCUCUCGAGUAUCAGCAGACCCUCGAGAUAGAGAACACCUGGCCCGAGAAACUGAUGUACUCCAUCAUGAUCCCACACAAGGCAUGGGCAGCCGGAGAUACGCUCACCGCCGUCGUCAAAUUCCAACCGAUUGCGAAAGGUGCCCGCGUUCUCAGCGUUUCGACGAUGGUCAACGAGACCGUCAAGCUCUACGCUCGUGCAGGAUGGCAAGAGAACACCAGACCCGUCGUCUCGGCUAAGCACGAAAUCAUUAACGGUCGUGCCGUCUGCGUCGACCACCAGCAACACCGCACUCGCGGGACUCCAGCACACCAGCCUUCCUACGGGCCACGACCGACACAGUCUAUGCCCGCCACCCCUGCUGCAGUCACGCCGUACGGCUCAGGCGGCAACAGUCCUCUCGGGACGCCUAGUUCGCCACUGAACCACUCUGGCUACUUCCCACCGAUGACCGGUCUCACCUCCGAACCCAACAAUCACAGUCCUGACUCCGGACCGUCUUCUCACUCCCAAACUCCUGCGUCCGAAGCGGGCCCAUCGUCGCGAGCGGCUCCCAUGCCCGUUCCGUCGUCCUCCUACUCCAUCCCUCUUGAUUUUGAGCCCUCGGACUCGGAUGUAGUCACCGCCAUCGACGUCGUCGUCCCAUCAACGGCUACUCCCACUCAUGCACUCGAACCCAUCAUCGUCAGCCACCGUAUCCGCUGGAGUAUCCUCAUCAGCAAUCUCGACGGCCACACAUCCGAACUUCGCUGCUCGUUACCUCUCCACGUCCUUGACUGGAGGCUUAUUGACGAGGCCCGUGCCGCUACGGCUCAAACUCGUCGGUUGCUUUUGGGAGGACCAGAAAUUGCGGAUGAGCAGGCGGACGAUAUGGAGCUCCCGAGCUACUCGUCGCAUGUCCGUGAUCGCGUAGCGAACAUGUACUUGCCAGAGGCAGCCACCCUACGCGUUUCAAACCCAUGGGUAACCAACGGCGUCAACCCUAUACAGCCCGCAGAAACCACUCUAUCCUCUGGAUCUCACACUCCCCAUUCCCCGCUCGACGCACAACAAAUCCUCUCUCAACUACCUAACGACGCCGAUGCCGGAAGCGCAAACCUGGAGUACGUCAACUCAGAGCUACUGCUUUCUCUGUCGCAGGACGAACCACCCCGACUGCAGAACCCACCGAUUGAUACUCCGCCGACAACAACGCCUCCUAGCCAACCCGUCAGCCGUCCGGGGUCUCGUGCGCACAGUCGUCGUCCUAGUCGACAUGGGAGUCGUGCUCCAAGCCCAGAACCUCAUGCAGGUGGGAGCAGGCCAGGAAACCCAAACGAUACAUACGUGCACGCGCAGAACCCAGCGAGCCGUGCCUCGCAUGGCCUCUUCAACAUCUCCAUGAAGCCGUUCACGACCAUCUCCUCUCCCUUCUCUCUCAACUCUCGCAGCAAUUCGCAUACGAACUUGGCCUCGCUGACUUCCCUCACCGGACAUGGUCACCAUUCGCCAAGCAAUUCACAGUCUGCCUCUGGCGCCGCAAGUCCUCAACUUCGACCGCAGCCUCCGCCCCUGAGACAUCAGAAUACGUCGCCUGCGACAUUACAUCGGGCGUUCACUGAGGUGCCGGACUAUGGGAUCGCGUCGAGGGGUUUCCUUGGUGGUGUGCCGCCGUUGGCGAGUAUGCAGGGUUUGCCGUCGUAUGAGGAGGCGGAGAGGAGCUCGAGUGAGACGGACUUGGCGGCGAGGUUCGCGAGGGCGCAGGCGCAACAUAUGUCGUUGCCGUCGUUGAGUUUGCCAAAUACGCCGGCGGGCGAGAGACCGAGACGGAUGUUUACGACGGGGGCGCAAUAGUGCUUCGCGAUUGUUCUUCUGUUUUUGGAUGGUAUAUUUGGAUACGGUCCUCGUUCUGCAUAUUAUCAGCGCCGCCUACAUGUUGUGCGCGCUUGUUCCAUAUGGCUCUCCAAACCCUUAUGGGGCUUUUUCUUUGUCGUUUGCUACUCAGGUCCACACUGUAUCGUCUACCUAUAUUAUCUAUCUAUCUCCGCUGCUACCCGUCUUCUUUUCUCUCGCGGUCUCGUCAUCUUCGUUCGUCUUCAUCUGACUUGUACAUAUCCGUAUUAUCCUACCUUCGACCUACACACCCACGCAUCCUUUUGUAAUUAGAUCUCGUCUUCUUUGCAUCUCUUUCGAUACCUCUCGCAUUCUCCUGAUGCAUAUUGAUUCAACUCAUUCCCUUGCCUGCUCGACCUUCAACACCCACCGCUCCGUCUCUGUUUUUCCCUCUUUCUCUCGUCUCUCUUUUUCUUUUCUGACGUUCCUCAGCACUCCAUCUAGACUUUCCCGCUCAUUCUAAACGAAGUUCUCUCUUCCCAAGUCCUUCAACGGGCUUCGAGGACGGACAUAACAUAUGAACACAUACAUGAACAUAUCACGUCGACUAAUGAACGUACAUGCAACACCUCCUUCUCUCAU